UUAUAUGGAAAAGAAUGGAUUCUGGAGUUGGCAAAUGUCCUACAAAACUCAGAAAAGCUCCCUCGCUGCAGCAGUUGAGCUGCUCCCAUCCCCACCACCAACUCUCUCUCUCUAACAUCUCCGACGAACCUCCGCUCCUCUCUCUCUGUCUUUUCUCUCCAUUUUCCCUCAUCUUCCUCAAAUGCGCACAGGAACCAAGUGAAAUUAGAGCAAGAUGCCACUGGUCAGGGUGCAGGUCAAGAGCGAGUUCGGGCUCGGAAAGCCCCAUCUCUACAUGGAGGCCAAUAAUGAAGAUCCGAAAGCCGUCCUCGACGGUGUAGCUGUUGCUGGUCUCGUCGGGAUCUUGAGGCAGUUGGGUGACCUUGUCGAAUUUGCGGGGGAGGUUUUUCAUGGGUUGCAAGAACAGGUUAUGACAACAGCUUCCAGAAGUCACAAAGUCAUGGUUCGCCUCAAACAGAUUGAAGCUGCUCUUCCUUCAUUUGAGAAGGCAAUACUAACUCAAACAAGUCACAUUCAUUUUGCUUACACAGCUGGUUCUGAGUGGCAUCCUCGUAUUCGAACUGAACAAAAUCACUUCAUCUAUCAUGAUUUGCCACGAUUUAUGAUGGAUGCCUAUGAAGAAUGUCGUGAUCCUCCACAACUUCAUUUGCUUGAUAAAUUUGAUACGAGGGGUCCUGGAUCUUGUUUAAAGCGUUAUUCAGAUCCAACGUUCUUCAAGAAAACAUCAACCUCAGGAAAAAUAAGCUUGGAGAAGGUUCGGAGUGACAAAAAGGCUCACAAGAUCAAGAGAAAGAGAUCAUUGGUACACAGUGGAGAAAUGAUACAUGGUGCAUCAAUUUCCAAUCUUAAUAGCAGCUUGCAGUUGACCUCCUUUUCAAAUGAAGGGGCGUCUCUUUCUCAAACUGCUACAGCUGAUCGGAUGAUGAAAUCAGAUGCUGGGGACUCUUUGAAUUCUUUUGAUUCUGGAACAGGGUCAGGAUAUGCUGGAAAUGUUUUGAAAUUAGGUUCUUCCUUGCAAACUAAAGAACAGGAAUUUAGGGAAUCUUCAAGUCCAAGUUUGAUGCAGUAUAGUGAUGCUGCUGAUUCAGUUCUCCCAGAUGAACAAAGUAGGAUUAUGGACGAUAAAUUUCAAUAUGCACCAGAGGAUCAAAUCGAUUCGAGUUUCUCUUCUCAUGUCACAUGGGACGAAAAGGCAGAAAUAUUGAAGCCCAAGAAUCAGCAGGAUGUUAGAGAAAUGACAGAAAUAGUGCAGUCAAGAGGUCUAGAGGAUGUUAGAGAAAUGGUAGAAACAGUGCAGCUAAGGACUGAACUGGAUGUUAGAGACAUGGCAGAAUUUGUGCACCCAAGGUCCCAACAGGAUGUUAGAGAAAUGGCUGAAAUAGUGCAGCCAAGGACUCAAAAGGAUGUUAGAGAUAUCGAAGAAAUAGUGCAGCCAAGGACUCAACAGGAUGUUAGAGAAAUGGCAAAAAUAGAGCAACCAAGGACUCAGCAGGAUGUUAGUGAAACAUCUGAAAUUGUGCAGCCAGAGACUCAGAAGGACGUUAGAGAAACUGAAGAAAUUGCGCAGCCAAGUUCCCAACAGGAUAUUAGAGAGAUGGCAGAAAUUGUGCAGCCAAGGACUCAACAGGGUGGCACAGAAAAGGCAGAAAUGAUGGAGCCGGGCAGUCAACAGGGUGGUAGAGAAAAAGUGGAGAUGGUGGAGUCGACGAAUCAACAGCAUGAUAAAGUUAAAGAUCAAGAAUAUAAAGUUCCUGUACCUCAAUCUUCCCUGGAUCCAUGUGAAACGGAAGGCCUUUACCUUAUAAAGGAUGAACAAACGAGCACGCUAGCUAAUAUUGGUCACCCUUUAGAAUCAAAUUACGACAGGAGUGUGUUUGAUGAAAUUGGAAGUGAAACGGACAAUUAUAUGGAUGCACUCAACACAAUUGAGUCAGAAUCUGAAACUGACAUUGAUUGCCAGACUAAACGAGAAGUAGAGCCAUGCACAUCCAAUAUAAAGUGUGAAGUAGUAGAUCCAAUGCAUGACCUCCUUGAAUCUAGUUUAGGUCCUGAUAUUCCAAUUCUUAACCAGAGCAGUGAGCCUCUUGUUUCUUCAGAUGGUUUUUACCAUGAGCAAAGGCUUGAAAACACCAUGAAGGUUUCUAGUCCUGACCGUCCCCUAGUAACCGACCCGCAUGGCAAAGAAAGUUCCACAAUGGAAUCUGAUAUCACUGAUUCCUUCCCUCCAGGCUCCAAUUCUAGUUUAGAGGAUCAAUCUGGAAUUAAAUUAUUGAACAGAAUACAUGAAUCUGAAAAGGUUUCUUUCUCCAGCAAUCUUUCAGAUAAGUUCUGGACUAAUGGUGGCUUGCUAGGACUUCAGCCAUCAAAGCCUCCUUCUUGGGCCGUACCAAAUGCUGCUUGUGAGAACUCAAGUAAAGGUGAAAAACGUGGCCCUUCUGAUCAUGCACAGGAAAUAAAAAUGGAUAAUUUUCCAGAGGUUGCUAUUAAUAUUGAAAAGGAUUCAACUUCUAAUAAGUCCUCAUUGCACGGUGAUGAUCGUUCAAGCGAUGGACCUAGUUAUGCUCAUAUGAAUAAUGUGGUAAAAAGAAAUGUGAUAGCAGCAGCUGGAAUUGCGCUUCCAGCUGUACCUAAUGGCAAUGCCAUGCCUACUCAAACCAUUAUGGAGAAAGAUGAAAACUCCAAUGAAAAUUCUGGACUUAGCCAUCAAUUGCUUGUAAAUGGCUUUCAUAGAAAACUGACGCUACUACAUGAUGAAAGAUUUGAGGCUACAUGUAUGAAUACAGAUGGUGCAGGGAAGAGAAAUGGCUCCCAAGAUACUGUUUUUGAAACAAUGUAUGAAAGGACUUCCACAGAGCAAUUAGCCAGUGAUUCUUCGUCGGAUUCAUGUCCUUCGCCCCCACUUGAUCACAUGAAGAUCUCUUUCCAUCCUGUCUGUGGUUUUGAAACUUCAAAAUUGAAACUGAGAUUUCCUGAUGGCAGUGAUGGUCGCGGAAGCAAUAAGGACAUAUUUCCAUCCUUUCAGUUGGCCCCAGAGGAGUCUAUUUCUGUGCAUGAGAUUGGCUCUGAGUCUGAUGAUGACACAUUCUGCAGAUCAUCUCCAUGUAGGUCUGAUGAUUGUCUUAGUAAUCACUCUAAGUCAAAUUCUGACCUGUGGGAGUCUGAUGACACUCCAGAAACCACAGGCAAGAACUUGUAUGAUGUGCACCACAUGCCACAGACGGAGUCUUUGUCUACAUCAUUUGAGCUUCAGGGAAUCACAAAAAGCGGCAUCACUAUGGCCGAUGAAAGUGAAAAUUUGAACGUUAAAAAGGGCAUGGAUGAAUCUCUUUCUGGUCCAUCUCUUGAUCUUCCAUGUUUUGACAUUGCGAACCCUGUAAUAAGUGGAAGAAUUAGGUCGCAAUGUUCAGAUAGCCCUACUCCAGCUCCGCCACCUCUUCCUCCUGCACAAUGGUGCGUUUCAAAAACAUCCUUAGAUGUGUCCGAUGGCCAGAAGGAUCUAUCUGCUCAUUCAAAACAAGUGGAACCAGUCUGCUCGCAGCAAGCGCCCAAUGCAAACAAGUCAAAUGGCAAGAAGCCAAAACAAGUGAUAGUGGAUGGUCAGAAAGAACUAAACCACAUUGGAAAUGACAAAGUGAUGGAUUCUAGGGAAGAUUUCCUGCAACAAAUUAGAGCAAAAUCAUUCAACCUACGGCGCACAGUGAUUGAGAAGCCCAGUACUCAAACUGGACCUGCUACCCACAUCAAAGUCACAGCAAUUUUGGAGAAAGCCAACUCAAUCCGCCAGGCUGUUGGAAGCGACAAUGGUGAAGACGACGACGAUUCAUGGAGCGAUGCCUAAUUGUAGAUAUGAAACCAAAUUUUAGGCGUUGGAAAACCUAUGUUUGAACAUACUCGCAACAAGCAGCAAUACAGCCAGCGCACACAAAAAGCCUGAAAAUGCUUGUAAAUUGGAUUGCCUGCUUCAUCUUCCCAGUCAAGAUUUCAUCUGUUCAUGAUCCUGAAACAAAAACGUUUCUAUCAAUCUACACGAAAAUAAACAAAUAAACAAAUAGUUGCAUUCCAUGUAGGUUGCUAAUUUCCCCAGUGAUCUAUUAAAGAAUAUAAAGUUCCUUUCAAAGUCUUCAAAGAAUCAUUCAAACAAAUAUUUGGGUCAAUUCUGCAGAAAAGGAACAAAAAAUAUACAGAAUUUGAUUGCGUGGAUUGGCCAAUUGAUUGACCAAGAAAGAGCAACAUUUGUGUAAGCUAAGCCAGUCUGGAUUAUACUCUGUAUCCCAUUCAUAGAUAUGAUCUAUUACUUAUAUUUCUGCCA